AUGUUUUCCGUAUCUAGCCUACUACCCACAGAUCAUCAUUAGAUUUUAUUCACUCAAAGCAAGGCAAACUGAAGCUGAGGAGCAGGACACGUGUUUCGCAGUGCGGUUUUCUAAUUCCGUGCGGAAAUGGCAACCAGUCUGGGAUCUACAUGCGGUCCACUGAACUCCUACAGGAGUUGUGAAGUAGAGCCAGAAGAUGAGCCCAAUGGGGAGGAUGCUUGGAAUCCAGACAAGCUGGUGAAGUGUCCCUAUGAUCCUAACCAUAUGAUCCGACAGUGUCGCUUUCCAUACCAUAUUCUCAAGUGCAAAAAGAAUCAUCCAGAAAUGGAAAGUGAGUUGCGGACCUGCCCAUACAACGCACGACACAUCGUGCUGAAGGAUGAACUGUCUAAGCAUAUGACCGUCUGUGUGGAUCAGCUGAGGAUGGAAGAUGUGCGCGGCAACCAGGAGGAACUGAGGAAGAAAUACACUGUUCCAAUCAGCACCAUCACUGUACCAAACAGUGAGGACUGGGAUAAGGAGAUUGAGAUUGGAACAACUCCGUUCGUGUGGGGGGUCACCUCCCAGCUCAGUCCAAGCCCUGAGGUGACGAACAGCCUGGACACGGGGCUGAGACCACCACGCAUACUUCCCUGGAAGUAAAUGAAUGGAGGCAAAGCAGGCAUGAUGUUGGAGAUGGAGAAUUUUAAGUAUUGUUAAGAUGCCUCGUUUUCAGUUCUCUUUUUAUGUAAACUGUUCUUUUAAGUUGUCAAGAUGCCUCAUGUUCUCAGUUGUCUAUUAUGUACUUCAGUCCUUUCACCGAUUGUUGCUGGAAGCGUUAUACUAAAAAUCUAAAUAUUUGUGCGUUGCUGUUGACUAUUUAUUUGAGUUGUAUUUUUCAUUGUACGAAUAAAGAUGUAGGUUUAACAUCAUGA